AUAAAAUUUACCAAAUGAAAAAUAAAUAUGCCAUUGACUAUUUACAAGAAGGGACACCUAUUCCUGUUGAGGAAACGUAAAAGGUGAAUGGAUAAGGCGUUGUGUGGUGCAGGGUUUCAGUUAAGGUUGUUUGUGUUGGCGUUGGACACGGUCGGUGAUUUAUUGCACCUGUGUUAGCAUAAGCUUUGUCCUUUUUGCUUUCAUCAUAUUUGAGUUUGCUUUUUUCAGGUGAUUGAAAAAGUUAGUUGUGUUGCCCUGUGGCGCAGACACAACUCUAAGGCACUACAUAUAAUUUCUAUAAUUUCUCACCUUCAAGUGCUGUAGCACCUUCUGCUCCCAACAUUACAUUUUACUCUCACAGUAGUCACUGAACAGCUUGAUUUAAGAGGAUUUUUCUUUUUUUUUCAUGUCUGGCGUUUUUUUUUCUUUUCUCUACCAUCUAGUCCUUAAUGUUGUCUUGUCCACAGAGGGGGGAGGGGAGAUAUUUUUAGCUGGAGUCCAGCUUCCUCUGCAGAACUUAAUAUGGCAAAGGCAUCUUGGAGCUCUUCUUUCCCCCAAGCUCUCAUCCUACAUCCAUCCAUCUAUAACUUUGGUUCUGCAAGACAUCUAGCUGGAAUCUGUAGCUCUCCAAACAACCAGCACAAGCCACUGUCCCUUAUUACAGCAACCCCUACAAACAGGUGGCCAAACCACUCCUCCCACAUCACCAGCCAUUGGCUGUUUUCCUGGACUAGCCCAAGCCUCUUGAUGCAUUUGUCCCACAAUUUUGGAAGCCUCCUCUCCCCUGUUGCUUUUAGAUCCAGUAGAGAUCAAUGUCUCACUCUCUGACAUACCGACUCCCGUCACCAAAUAGAAGCCCAUCCCCUUUUUCUGUGGGCAGUGGCAUCAGGAAAACCACGUGUAGGUCUUUUUAAAAGCACAGUGUCACUCUUGGAGCGGCUCUUCUCUAGCCUUGUGGGGGUCAGGAAGCAAACUGUGUUCCUCACUCUCCCAUAUUUACACCUGACUAGUGUUAGGAACAACGGUUAACCUUCUUGAGUGUGUUCCUGACCCAUCAACAGUCGAGGCUCUGGGAAGAGACCUUCCUGUAUCCACCAGCUGACAGCCAUGAAGUUGGGGUUGGUGUUUCUGGGGGUCUUCCUCUCUUUAGUGACUCUGUCCUGGGGAGAGAAAGGCCUGGAGAUCCCUGAGUAUGAUGGCAGAGACCGCGUCCACAAUCUCAGUGCCAAGAACUACAAGUCCAUUAUGAAGAAGUAUGACGUGAUGGUGAUCUACUACCAUAAGAACGUGGAUGGAGACCGGGGUGCAAAGAAGCAGCUGCAGAUAGAGGAGCUGGCUCUGGAGCUUGCGGCUCAAGUCUUGGACGAUCUGGAUGAUGAGGACAUUGGAUUCGGCCUUGUGGAUGAAAAGAAAGACUCUGCUGUUGCUAAGAGGCUGGGUCUGGAUGAGGUGGAGAGCAUUUACAUCUUUGUGGACAAUGAAAUCAUCGAGUACGAUGGCGAGCUGGCGGCUGACACCCUGGUGGAGUUCAUCUACGACGUGAUUGAAGAGCCUGUGGAGAUCAUCGACAAUGAGCGUGAGCUAAAGGGCUUUUACAACAUGGAUGAGGUCAUCAAGCUGGUGGGCUACUUCAAGAGUGAAAGAUCUUCUCACUUCAUUGAGUAUGACGAUGCUGCAGAAGAGUUUCACCCCUUUGUCAAGUUCUUCGCCACAUUUGACCCCAAGAUCGCCCGAAAGCUGAAGCUGAAGAUUAACGAAGUGGACUUCUAUGAGCCCUUCAUGGAGGAGCCGGUGCCCAUCCCAGGAAAACCCUACAUCGAGUCUGAGCUGGUGGAAUUCAUCGAGCAGCAUGACAGGCCCACACUGAGAAAGCUGGAGCCUCACAGCAUGUAUGAGAUCUGGGAGGAUGACAUCAAUGGAGAACAUAUUGUGGCCUUUGCUGAGGAAGAUGAUCCUGACGGUUUUGAGUUCCUUGAAAUCCUGAAGGAAGUGGCUCGUGAGAACACCGACAACCCCAACCUCAGCGUCAUCUGGAUUGACCCUGACGAUUUCCCACUGCUGGUUCCCUAUUGGGAGAAGACCUUCCGCAUCGACCUCUCCUCUCCACAGAUCGGUGUUGUGGACGUCGAGGAUGCGGACAGCGUGUGGCUGGACAUGGAUGACCAUGAUGACAUGCCCACUGCUGAUGAGCUGGAGCAGUGGAUUGAGGACGUCCUGUCAGGAAAGAUCGACCCAGAUGAUGAUGACGACGAUGAUGAUGACGACGAUGAUGACGACGACGAUGAUGAUGACGACGACGAUGACGAUGACGACGAUGAUGACGACGAAGAUGAUGACGACGACGAUGAUGAUGAUGAUGACGAUGAUGACGACGAUGAUGAUGAUGAUGAUGACGAUGACGAUGAUGACGACGACGACGAUGAUGAGGACGACGACGAUGACGAUGACGACGAUGAUGACGACGACGAUGAUGAUGAUGACGACGAUGAUGAUGGUGACGACGCUGAUGAUGAUGAUGAUGAUGAUGAUGACGACGAUGAUGAUGGUGACGACGCUGAUGAUGAUGAUGAUGAUGAUGAUGAAUAAAUGUCUUUACAUUUGUAUUCUACAUGAAUAGAAUGUAGCCUCCUUGGCUAAAACUAGAAAUAGUUCUAUCUUUUGUAACAUCCUGUUGCAAACAUAUUGUCUGUUUGCUUGUUUGUACAUUUCCUGAGGGACAAACACUGUGGCCCUGGAGGGAAAUCUUUUUUUUUUCUUUUUUUUUUUUACCGUGGGUCGGUGAUGCAGGUUCGUUUGGAAGUAGAAGAGAAACACCUCUGAAGUUCAUAACGCAUAUGGACACAGAGGCAAAUGCAGGCCAACUUCCCUGACUUUUUAUAAGGUACUGGACAACACGUUCUCUGUCUUUUACUGUAAUCUUGUUUUAAUUACAUGUUUUCUACUUGGCAGAGAGGAGAAACAAACACUUCCUUGUACAAUUUGUAAGAAAAAAAGAUAAUAAACUCAGUAUAACCGGA